UGUCACAGGCAGACUGACAGUAUGGCGGCGGCGUACAGCUGGAAGGAUGCUACUGCCGCCCGUCAUGUAUCCAUCGCCGCCAGGACGUAAAUGGACUAUUGACGGCGCCCAGAGCAGAGGAAUACGCAAGAGAGGCCUGUUGCCGUGAAGUCCCAAAAUGGCCCGGCUCGCUGACUACUUUGUAGUGGUCGGUUACGACCUCGACAAGCGAGUCGAAGGUGAAGGUGAAGGUCAAGGCCGCAUUCUCCAGCGGUUUCCUGAGAAAGACUGGGAGGACAGCCCUUUCCCACAAGGCGUAGAGCUGUUCUGUCAGCCCAGUGGUUGGCAGCUGGUUUCUGAGCGGCAGCCCGCCUCCUUCUUUGUAGCAGUUUUGACAGACAUCAACUCAGAGCGUCACUACUGUGCCUGCUUCACGUUCUGGGAAGGUCUGGACAACCAACAGUUGCAGAAAGCGCAGGCUGGUGAAGUGGACGAGGUGGACGAAGAGCCAAAUAUUAUCCAACCCUCUCAGGUUUUUGCCCCCAAGAGCCUGGUGUUGGUGUCUCGGUUGGACUACACUGAUGUUUUCAGGAACUGUCUGGCGUUGGUCUACACCGUCCAUGUAGAUGGCCUGACUGUCCCUUUAGAGACGGUGAUUGGAAAUCUCCUCACAUGUGUUAUUCCCAUCGCUGGAGGGUCCCAGAUAAUUGAGUCCCCAGUUUGUAAUUUAGACAAGGUUCCUCAGGUCCCGGCCUGUGACUGGCUGCUGGCCUGUCUCCAGCCAUGCCAAGAGGAGAAAGAGGACAGUUUGCGAACCAUCACAUUAGGCGCUGGCGACCGGCAAGUUAUCCAGACUCCCAUCAAUGACUCCCUACCUGUCAGUGGCAGCAGCGUGGCCCAGCUUUUCCGACAGCUUGGCAUAAUCAAUGUGCUGUACCUGUUCUGUGCUGCCCUUAUGGAGCAUAAAAUCCUGUUCUUGUCGAGCAGUUACCAACGACUAACAGAUGCCUGCCGUGGACUGUUGGCCAUCAUGUUCCCCCUUAAGUAUAGCUUCACGUAUGUUCCCAUUUUGCCUGGUAAACUCUUGGAGGUUCUGAGUACUCCAACUCCUUUCAUAAUCGGUGUCAACUCUUUUUUCCGCUCUGAGACACAAGAACUGUUGGAUGUCAUCAUAGCUGACCUUGAUGGUGGCACCGUUACCAUACCAGAGUGUGUACACAUCUCCCUUCUACCUGAACCACUACUCCAUCAGACUCAGACUGCACUCUCAAUGAUUUUGGAUCCAGAGCUGGAAGUUGCCGAUCAUGCCUUCCCCCCUCAGUCCUCGCAACCGUCUGCUCUCAAGAUCCAGGACAAGGAGAUUCGGGCGGUCUUCCUGUGGUUGUUUGCUCAGCUCUUCCAGGGUUAUCGCUGGUGUUUACAUAUCAUCCGCAUUCACCCCGAACCUGUUAUCCGCUUCCAUAAGGCUGCCUUCCUCGGCCAAAGGGCGCUCACUGAAGAUGACUUCCUCAUGAAGGUGUUGGAUGGCAUGGCAUUCGCAGGAUUUGUUUCUGAGAGAGGGCCCCCUUACAGAGAAACCGACUUAUUUGACGAUUUGGUAGCCAAUGAGGUGGAGAGGAUACGACAAGAGGAGGCCUGUCCGCGCAAAGUAAUGAACCAUAUCAAGGAGUUGGCUGAGCUGCUCUUCAAAAAUGAAAAUCCCUACCCGGCAGUGACCAUGCAUAAAGUCCAGCGACCGUCGGAAAACGGCCAAAGUACUACACAGAGUCAGACGGCCUUCCCUGUGCUGGAUGAAGUUGCAGUACAGCUCUUCAUCGACCACGCUGCCGCCAAGCUCAAGACGGUCCCACCUGCGGUCAAGGCAGAGGUCAAGAGCAUGGUGCCUUCCGGUCCUACACUGGGGGACAUUGUGGACCGGAACAGCAACGUUAUGGCCAACAGUGCCCGCAGGUUGGAAGUUGUCAGGAACUGCAUCACAUACAUCUUCGAGAACAAAAUGCUGGAGGCCAAGAAGCUCAUGCCUGCAGUACUUCGCGCAUUAAAAGGACGAGCGGCUCGGCUGUGUUUGACCCAAGAACUCAAUCAGCACGUCUUACAGAACCGAGCAGUGUUAGACGACCAGCAGUUCGACUACAUAGUCCGCAUGAUGAACUGCACCUUACAGGACUGUUCACAUAUGGAUGAACAUGGUAUUGCAGCCGCCCUUCUUCCAUUGGUCACAGCCUUUUGCAGAAAACUGGGAGCAGGCAUCACUCAGUUUGCUUACAGUUGCGUACAGGAGCACACGGUGUGGACCAACAUGCAGUUUUGGGAAGCCAUGUUUUAUAGUGAUGUCCAGAACCAUAUUAGGGCACUUUACUUGGAGACUGAAGACGGAGUGCAUCAGAACAACUCGGAUCAGCAGGAGGGAUUGGGCAGUGGGCGGGAGAUCAGCGCCCUGGAACUGGCAUCAGAGCAGAGCCGCUUGUGGCCAAUGCUCGGCAAGGAAAUGCAGACGGAGCGAGUGCAGAAAGAGGAAAGCACCGUGUUCAGCCAGGCUAUCCACUACGCCAACAGGAUGAGCUAUUUGCUGCUGCCGCUGGACACCAGCAAGAACCGCCUGCUCAGAAGUACAGGCCUCGGAGACGUAGAAAGUGUCAGCAACAGCUAUGUAACCAACAGCAUUGCAGGGAGUAUGGCAGAGAGUUACGACACUGAGAGUGGUUUUGAGGAUGCAGAGAUCUCCGACGUGGCCAACUCAGUGGUGCGCUUCAUCAACCGCUUCGUAGACAAAGUGUGCAAUGAGAGCGGCGUGACCAACGAACACCUGAAGGCGCUCCAUGCCAUGAUCCCAGAUAUCGUUCAGAUGCACAUUGAGACCUUAGACGCAGUCCAUCGCGAGAGUAAACGACUGCCUCCGAUCCAAAAGCCCAAGCUGCUGAGGCCAACACUUUUGGCCGGGGAGGAGCUGGUGAUGGACGGCAUGCGCGUUCACCUCUUCCCAGAUGGGCGCGAGGAGGCUACGGGGCAUAUGGGAGGCCCGCCACUACUCCCUGCAGAGGGCGCCAUCUUCCUUACCACCUACCGGCUUAUCUUCAAAGGCACUCCCACGGACCCACUGGUGGGAGAGCAGGUGGUGACUCGCUCAUUCCCCAUUGCCUCGUUGACAAAGGAGAAGAGAAUCUCUGUCAAUGCUGCCAUGGAGCACUUUCUCCUGGAGGGGCUACAGCUACGGUCCUGUACCUUCCAGUUAAUGAAGAUCGCGUUCGACGAGGAGGUGGCGGCCGACCUUGCGGAAGUUUUCAGAAAGCACAUCCACAAACUACGAUACCCACAGCAUGUGCAGGGGACGUUCGCCUUCACUGUGGGUCAGAGUGGCAAGCUGGUAGUGGAGCAUAAGACAAAAGACAAGAACCAGUCACUCAAAACACUUUCUAAAAACCUGGUGAAGAGCGCCAAAAGGACAAUCGGCCGGCAGUAUGUGACUAGGAAGAAAUACUCCCCUCCUACUUGGGAGAACAGGAGCAGCUUCCAGUCAGAGCUGGAUGAGGAUGAAAUUUCAGUUUCAGAAGAGGUGGAUCAGAGCUCCCUCACGCUCUCCUCCACCAUUCGCUCUUCAGACAGACAGACCAUGAGCAACGUGGUCGAGAGAGCGUGCUGCCGCGACUACCAGCGGCUGGGUCUGGGCACGCUCAGUAACAGCCUGACCCGCUCCAAAAACGAGCCCUUUAGGAUUUCAACAGUUAACCGCAUGUAUACAGUCUGUAGGAGCUACCCCGGCCUGCUCAUUGUCCCGCAGAGCAUCCCAGAUUCCACCAUCCAAAGAAUCUGCCGCUGCUACCGACAAAACCGCUUCCCUGUGGUAUGUUGGCGUAAUUCUCGGACCAAGGCUGUUCUCCUGCGCUCUGCAGGCUUCCACGCAAAGGGGGUGGUGGGCUUCUUUAAGUCUCCCAAUGCCCCUACUUCAGUGCCCUCACAGGCAGACUCUACCAGUUUGGAGCAGGAGAAAUACCUGCAGGCCAUUAUCAGUUCCAUGCCGUCUUACAGCGAGAACACAGGCAGGAAUACACUGAGCGGUUUUACUUCCACCCACAUGAACGCCGCAGACUCAUCAGAUAAGUUGCGGCAGCCAAAGAUUGGUGCUCUGAUGAAGCAGGUGAUGGGCACCAAGGAAGACUUGCCUGGAACGUUUAGCCGAGGAGCUCUUGGUCAAAGGGCGAAAGUCAUCUCCCUCUCUCAGCCCAAAGUGUCUGGCAAGGCCAGGAACUCUACUAGAGGUAAAUGGGGUAGUAUCCGAGGCAGCGGCCGUCUCAGCACUUACAACCCAGAUGUGGGAACCCGUCUUGCUGGUAAGGAGUCACCGCAGCCCAAUGGAGGACUCAGCGAGGCGUUGUUUCUCCGCCAGCACAAGGCCUACCUCUACAUCAUUGGAGACAAGGCCCAGCUCAAGGGUGGAAAGCAGGACUCCUUCCAGCACUGGGAGGCAGUUCCCAUUGAGGUGUGCGAUGUGCGGCAGGUGAAGAACAGCUUUAAGAAGCUGAUGAAGGCCUGUGUGCCAAGCUCCUCUUGGGAUACCAGCUUCAAUUUCCUACGCUGCCUGGAGGAGUCUGAGUGGAUGUCGCUGCUGCACCGGGUGCUGCAGGUCUCAGUCCUGGUGGUGGAGCUACUGGACACAGGGUCGUCAGUCAUGGUCAGCCUGGAAGAUGGCUGGGAUGUCACCACACAGGUGGUAUCCUUAGUACAGCUGCUGUCAGAUCCAUACUACAGAACCUUUGACGGGUUCCGGCUGCUGGUGGAGAAGGAGUGGCUGUCAUUUGGCCACAGGUUCAGCCAUCGUGGCGCGCAGACGCUAGGCAGCCAGAGCAGCGGGUUCACCCCUGUUUUCCUGCAGUUCCUCGACUGCGUGCAUCAAAUUCAUCUCCAGUUCCCCAUGGAGUUUGAGUUCAGCCAGUACUACUUGAAGUUCUUGGCCUAUCACUAUGUGUCCAACCGCUUCCGCACCUUCCUGCUUGACUCGGACUACGAGCGCAUCGAACUAGGAGUACUCUAUGAGGAGAAAGGCGAGAGGAAAAGUCCUCAGGUGUGCAAGUCUGUGUGGGACUACAUAGACCGUCUCAACAAGAAGACACCAGUUUUCUUCAACUACAUGUUCUCACCUGAAGAUGAAGAGGUGCUACGGCCGUACACCUUCAUCUCUAACCUGAAAGUAUGGAACUUCUACACGGAAGAGACUCUGUCAGAGGGGCCGUCUUACGACUGGGAGCUGAGUGCUCGUCAGGAGCGGGCGGUUGAGGAGGCGCCUGACAGGCCCGACAGCGGCGGGCCCAAAUCUCACAGGCGCAUCGUGUGGCCGUGUUACGACAGCCUGGGCAAAGUUGUGCCCGACGCCAUCACCAAACUGCUGCAGGACCUUCAGGCUCUGGAGGCGGAGCUUGGCCAGGCGUCAGAGAAAUGGAAGGACACUUGGGAUAAAAUUAAGACCACUCAGAGGAUUGAGACCAAACUGGAGAGCAAGGCAUCAUUCUCCAGCUCGCUGUUGAUGUCUUCCAACCUGAGCCACCAGAGACGUUCUCAGGGUGUCUACCUGCAGGAGAGCCACGUAGGCUCCUCCAUCAACUUAGCGCUGGAGUGCGAGGCCAGUGCCACCUCCACGCCGGUGCCGGGCCGGCAGAGCACCAGCACGCUUUAUAGCCAGUUCCAGAGCACUGAGAGCGAGAACAGGAGUUUUGAAGGCAUUUUAUUCAAGAAAGGCGCUUUGCUGAAACCGUGGAAACCCCGGUGGUUUGUUCUGGACAAGACUAAACACCAGCUGCGCUACUAUGAGAGCAGGCAGGACAAAGAGUGUAAAGGGGUGAUCGAGCUGGCUGACGUGGAGUCGGUCCUUCUGGGAACGCCCGCCAUGGGAGCGCCCAAAAACAUAGAAGAAAAAGCUUUCUUUGAUCUGAAGACAACCAAACGAGUGUACAACUUCUGUGCCCAGGACAGCCUCAAUGCUCAGUUAUGGAUGGACAGCGUUCAGAGUUGCUUGUCAGACGCCUAGACGGGAUGUGAGAGCGAGCGUCCGCGUGCUCGUUCUGAACUCUGGGGGAAGUAUGUUUUUGUUACAAAUUAAGAAAAAGAAGAAAAAUAAGACUCAACAUUCCACGGCAUGAAGAUUCUUCCUGAUCCUCCUGUGAAAUCUUACUUUACGCCCUCUUCUUGCUUUACGUAAAAACACUCCGGGGAGGAAUGACGGAGGAGCGGCGGUCGAAAUGGAUCUGAUUUUUUUUUUUUUUUUUUUUUUUUUUUUACUCCAGCAAACGCCCUUCUUUUUUAAACUCCAUGACGGUUCAUGAAGGAUAUUUUUUUUGUCUUUACCACAAUCUGACGCCAGUACCAGAGAAAUACUGUGAAGGUCGCCAUGGAGAGCGUUUACAAAGUGGACCUCCCUCCUUUACGCAAACCACUAGAUUUUUGUUUCGAGACGAAGGAGAUAAACAGCAGUGUUAUGAAAGGACAUGUCUGUUCUGGUUGCUAAUUUUCCCCACAAAAGUGCAAGACUCUGAAGGCAACACAAGCAGAAAUUGUCAUUUAGAGUGCAAGAACUUCUUCAAAAUACUGGAAUUUUUCCUUGACGUGUCUGCUCACCUGGUGUGUGUGUGUAUGUGAGUGAGUGACAUCACUCUUCCACCUGUCGUCCAUUACUUCACAAUGCACACACACACUCUUGUUAAUACCAUCCCCACCCUUUCGCUAUGUAAAAUAUUCUGCUGUCUUUAAGCAUUUUAACUCCUUUUUGUAUAUACUACUCCAGAUUUGUAUGUAACGUUUAUAGUCGUAAUUUAUUUAACGUCUCCCUCAAGCACCACUUUUUUAAUUUAGUAAUUCAAUGUGCCAUUGGUUUAUUUCUGUAUUAAUGUGACUAAUGUUUUUUUUUUAAUACCCAUUUCUCCACCUCGUGUGUGAAUGUGCGUGUGUGUGUGAAAGUCUGUGGGCGACUUUUUUUUUAUGGCUGGUUGAAUCAAACUGUUGGUAGAAUACAGUUGAAAUAAAUGUUCUGACAUGUGA